AUGUUUGCAUACUUUGUGCAGACCCAUGAUAAUCGCGAGCACUUGGCCAUGAUGGAGCGAACCCUCGGCCACAUCCCCUAUCGAAUGACUCGGAAAUCACGCACGGGUUUCUUCUACCACGGUCGUUUGGAUUGGGAUUUCUACAGCCCUGAGGGGCGUUACGUACGCGAGAACUGUCGACCCCUCCUUGUGAGUGCCUUCCACGCACUCUUUCCCUUCUCUAUUUGCAUGCUCUUUUCUCUUCUGCAUGCCAAGUCCAAUUAUGUGUGUCUUUUUUUGCUUGUUUUGCAUGCCAGACGCUCGAAUUACUUUUGUCCACGUACUGGUGUUGUGCAGCAUCUCUCCACGCAUUCACAAAAACGCCUUCUUGCCUGCAGACCCCUCCAGCGGUACUGCAAAGAGGAGACUCAAGACACCCUAGAUAUGUUUGAUCUCAUUUCAAAGAUGUUGGAAUAUGAUCCAGCGGACCGCAUUUGCCUGGCGGCGGCGAUGUCACAUCCCUUCUUCCUGCGUAUCCCCUCGAAUCAGCGUCUCAAUUACCGCUACCAUCCUCCUCAUCUCCCGCCCCCGCAACCUCAGCAGCAGUCCGCAGAGAGUGGUGGUGAGACGAAUGGCAAUGCUUCAGAGGGUGCACGUCGGAAGACUUCAGCCUCCUCCAGCGGUGUUGUGCGAUGA